ACUACCAAAUGAUCAUAAAGAAGUCAAGUCCACCGCGUGUACAUUACUACACCAUUUAUCAGUAAAACACACACAGAGAGUAGAAAUGGUGUUGAAGGUGAAAGUAGAAAGUGUGGAAGAUCAUGAUAUGGAAAUGUGGUCAGAGCCAGUGAGCCCAACCGGGCAGUAUUUCAAUAGCUCGGUGCUUUCUGUUUCUGUCAUUAGUAUUUUGGAGUUUGAGAACCCUCUUGAUGACUCGUCAAGUCUGACCCUCAUUAACAAUGUCUUUCUUCCUAUCAACCCUCGGUUCUCGUCCAUUAUGGUUGAUAAAGGAGAUGAAGGCAAGCAUUGGAAGAGAGUUGAAGUGAAGGUGGAAGACCAUAUAACAGUCCCUCAUUUUCCUGAAGGAUUGACGUUGAAGUUCUACGACAAUCAUUUCAAUGAUUACCUAUCGAAAAUAGCAAUGGAACCACUCUCACAAACAAGGCCACUAUGGGAAGUUCACAUCAUCAAGUACCCAACAAGCAAUGCUUCUGGGAGUGUAGUUUUUAAGCUUCACCAUGCACUUGGGGAUGGUUUCUCUCUUAUGGGUGCUCUUCUAUCAUGUCUACAAAGAGCAGAUAACCCUUCCCUCCCCUUAACAUUUCCAAACUUUCAAAAGUCCGCUAAGGCUGAUACCGAGAUUAAGAGCUUAAUUAGUCUUGUCCCAAAGGCCUUAAGUGGUGCUUUAAACACUUUUUGUGAUUUUGGUUGGAGCGUUUUGAAGAGUAGUUUUCUGGAAGAUAGUCAAACACCCAUAAGAUCUGGAAAAAUUGGAGUGGAGUUCCACCCGAUCAAUAUAAUGACAAUGACAUUUUCUUUGGAUCAGAUCAAGGAAAUCAAGUCCAACCUUGAUGCGACUAUAAACGAUGUAGUUACUGGAAUGAUCUUCCUGGGAACAAGAUUAUACAUGGUAGCCACUAAUGAAGAUGCCAAAAAUGCAAGGUCCACGGCAUUGGUGCUGCUUAACACCCGAUCUAUCGGUGGUUACAAGUCAGUGAAUGAGAUGGUUCAAAACCAGGAAGCUCAAAUUCAAUGGGGAAAUCAGUUUGGUUUCUUACAUGUUUCGUUGCCAGAACUAGACCAGGACGACAACAUCUUAAAUCCACUUAAAUUCGUCGAGGAAACAAAGAAUCUUAUUAAGCGAAAGAAAAAUUCAUCCGCUGUUUAUCUCACUGGAAUGUUACUUGAAUAUGUUAGAAAGUAUAGAGGUCCAGAGGCAACAGCCGAAUACAUUCAUACCACGCUCAAGAAUUCAAGUAUGACAGUCUCGAAUAUAAUUGGGCCAGUCGAAAAGAUGACCCUUGCUAAUCAACCAGUUAAGGGCUUAUAUUUUAUGGUGGUCAAUGUACCACAGAGUCUUACAGUGACAAUAAUGAGUUAUAUGGACCAGUUGAGAGUUGCGGUAGGAUCCGAGAAAGGCCUCAUUGAUCCUGUGAAGUUCCGGAUAUGUAUUGAGAAGGCUUUUAGCAUGAUGUUCAAUGCCGCAGUUAAAUCUAGGUGACAGGUAAGAUUACACAAUGAUGCUUAUCGGCGAUUUGCAUACUUAGAAGAAACAAUACAAUGUAAGCUAUAGUUGAAUCAAGCAAUAAUAUCCAUUAAAUUUAAGCCUCUAUCCUAAAAGUGAAUGCAACCAACACAAGAGUUAUCUUUAUUAAUAAAGUUUAUAUCUGUAAUUUUCAAACCAUUUUCCCAACCAUUUCAAGAUCUUUAUUGUAUACAUAUGUAUUUUUAAACAUCUUGAUUAGUUAUUUUUUGAUA